AAACUCUGACUAAACCCACUACACCCUAGCAACUACCUAAUAACUCUAACUCCACCCACUACACCCUAGCAACUACCUAUUAACUCUAACUCCACCCACUACACCCUAGCAACCACUAAAAACUCUGACUAACCCACUACACCCUAGCAACCACCUUCAAACCCCGAUACCAACAGUGCUCAGUAGAUUACUUAGAAAUUGUAAUCUGUUACUGAUUACAAAUGUACACAUACUAGGUAAUGUAUUCUGACUACUCCUUGAUUACUUUAUUACAUGAAUGUUUUCUAUUAUUUGUCAACAUCAUGGCAUGUAUUAAACAUUCUAUUAGGUCAGAGUUUCCUGAAUGAAGUACAGGGGGUCUGUGAACCUGGAAGACUUUCCUAACGUUUAAAAGCAGUAUUUUAGAAAGAAAAUUUUGAGAGAGAGAGAAAGAGAAAAAAAGAAUAAUUGUGUGAAUAAUAUGUUAUCUAUAAAAAUAAUAACUGUACUCUGAUAUUAGUAAAAAUUCUAAAAUCUAACUACAAGUCCUGUAUUUUCACAUAACCAGCACUGGACACCACACCCUAGCAACCACCGAGCAAUGCCCUGGUAACCACCCUUGCGCUGCACUCACAUAUUCACCAUGAUGUAAAAAAUCUUGUAUUGCGGUACUGAAUCGGCGGCAUCGCUGUGCUUUGAAAAGCACGCUGCGCUGCAUCAGUUACGCUGGAGCUUCUAACGACGCUUUAAGCACAACGUCUAGUUGAGUUACACGAAACCGACGCAGCAGCCCUAAUCGAGAGCUACGUCUCAGCCUGCCGGGAACGUCACGUUUCAGGGGGAGCCAAAUAAACAAGAACAGCCUCUUUUUUUCAGGAGCAGUCAAGCCGAUCCUGUGGAACUCCUGCUGGCUGCGCGCGGGGCUCGACGCGCUCUUCUGCAGUGAUGAGGGCUACGACAGCGAGAGCAGGAACCACGGACUGACCGCCUACAACAGGUCUGACAGAAUGAGGCCGAAAUGAAGGCUGAUCGCCAACCUACCGACACAUGCAGGAUGACCGGGCUCGUCGCAGAACAUGUGUAGCGUUCACUAUAACCACAGCCUCACGGCCAUGAGUGGGAGUGACAUCAUGGCCUAUUCUCUGAGCCUGGAGCAGAAGACGGCGUUUGCGUUCGUUGGGAUGUUGCUGGUGUUUCUCGGCCUGUUGAUUGUCAGGUGUUUCCGGAUCCUGCUGGACCCCUACAGUAGCAUGCCGUCAUCCAGCUGGGGCGACGGACUGGAGGGCCUGGAAAAAGGGACGUUUGAAUACGCUCUUACCUGAGACCACGUUCCCAAAGACGCCAACCCCCCCCAGGCCAUGACUUGAGUCGUAUAACACCUUUGCACCGUACGGGGGCAUGCACACAGGAUGCAUUCGAGACUAUUUUUAACUUGACACACUUUCCUAGAAAUAGAUCAUUUUUGGUGAUGCAAUGGCCAAAGAUGUCUACUUGAUGCAUGCACAUAACGAUAGGGUUGCAAAGCGGUGGAACAUUUCAGAAACUUUCCAGAAAUUCUGAAAGCUCUCCGGGACUGUUUUAGUAAGUCUUUGGAAAUUUUCAAAAACUUUUGGAAAGUUUCCAGAAAUUCUGCCCCUUUGCAACCCUAUAGAUUGACCAACAACAUAGCAGCGAUGGAUCAGUAGAACGCAUAUCGUGUGUGAAUUCAUCCAAACAACACACACUGUGACGCAUGUCCUGCUGUUACGACAUCAUACUUAGAGAGCCGUCGAUUUUUGGAAUAUGAUGUCAUACCAUUUAGCCACUGGGCAUCUCAGGGAAGAGUAGAGAAAGACUUGAAUUAAGAUGGCACACGUGCAAGAAAAUGCCAGGAUGUAAACAGGGUAAUUUGGCCCUUUCAUUCACGAUGUCCGUCUAGCUUCCACCCCGUUAGUAAUGAAGUACAAAGACCACUUGCUUGCAAUGCGCCAGGCAAAUGUUUUUUUGUUUUCUGGCCUAUCUCUCCUGUUUACCGUCUUCUGGUUUCUGGAGGCCAAUCGAACUAAAACAACCCGCUGUUUCUGAGACGUACGAAGCUGUGAAGUCCUAACAUCUCUGUAGACCCGUCUGUUUUUCUAGCAAAUAUUAGCAAUCGGUUCCUCUUCACUUACUGCCUACGAAAACGUCUGCACACGAACCGCAGAGACUGAGAGUGAAGAUUCUUGAAUGUCACGUCUGAAAUUGUGACACAUCCUGCCACCUCCGUGUUUGUUUGUUUGUGUGACAGAGGAAGGGUGUGUCACCAUGACAACAGCAGAAAAACGCGAGCUGGAUGCGAGUGAUGCACCAAUGAAAGAGUAGCUCAUCUCCAGUGUUCUAGUGCUGUGAAUCUGCCUUACUGGAUUUCUGUGCCUUCAUUUAGCGAUGGUAGCAUAUCUCUCACAGGACGAUCUGUGUGUGUGUGUGUGUGUGUGUGUGUGUGUGUGUGUGUGUGUGUGUGUGUGUGUGCGUGCAGUGGGUUCAUGUGAUGAUGAAAAUGAUGAAGACCACUGUUCUUUGUGAUGCUGAGAAGGGCAGAACGUCCCUCGCCGCAAUGGUCUGAGUUCAUCUGCUGGAAUAAAACAGAUCUGGACCUUUUCCUCAUGCUGCCUGUUCUUUCCCUACAACAUCAAAAUUCAUUCUAUUUACUUUCCAGAAUCAUGUUGCACGU